AUGGAGGCGUACACACCGAUAGAAGGAGCGUCUCAAGGCGAAGAGUAUAUUCUUUCAAACGUAAUGUGCAACAUUUCGUUGAUUACGGAUCAUGCGCAUGAUGAGAAAUCGAUCGAUAUUGUAUGGUGGUCGAAUGUUGUUUGCCUUCCACUGAUCACUAUAGUUGGAUUGACAUGCAACCUCCUCAAUAUCGUCAUCCUAACCAGCAAUAAAGGCGCGAAGCGAAUACCAAGCUGGACCCUUUUGUUGGCACUUGCAAUUUGUGAUUGCUUAUUUCUGGUAUUUGCUAUGUUAGAAGUUACUCCUUUGACGAUCCCCGCCCUUGCCUUCUCCCCCCUGUUCAAUCUGGUUUACUCUCACGUGCUCUUGUACAUUCGUGUCCUGGCAUCGAUGUUCUACAAAAGUAGCGUACUAAUUGUAGUCGCAUUCAACGUCGAACGUUAUAUCUGUGUCGUACAUCCAUUCAGCUGUCAUCAAAUUUGCACUGGUCGGACGUCACGGCUAGCCAUAACUGGGUGCUUUGUCAUUUCGUUCUUCUGCUCUGUACAGUGGCCAAUUUGCUAUGAAGUUCGACAUUGUUACGAUCACAUUGCUCAGGACUUUUUGUACGUGAUUCUGCUGUCGGAAAAUGAGACAUUGAAGUUCUACUAUCGAUUGAUGGACUACAUGUCGUUAGUCGCCUUCAAUGUGCUGCCUAUCUUCUCACUAUUGGUAAUGAACUGCAUGAUUAUUACCACCUUACGGCGAGUAGUCGCGGAAGAUACCAAGAAAGAAGAGGAGUCGGCAACGCUUGCCGAUGGCACACUAGUUCCAGAGUCGUCGUCACACCGCUUGAAUCCCAAUGCUCUCUUGUUUGCUGUGGUGUUUAUGCUACUCAUAUGUGUUGGUCCACAGGCGCCUGCGCGGCUUCUGUUCGAUCUGUUUGGCCAGUAUCAUCCGAAGGCGAUCGUUUAUACCUGUGUAUCUCAACAGCUCGUCUUUCUUAACGCAGCGCUGAAUUUUGCGCUCUAUUGCGUUGUCUCAAAACGAUACCGCAUCUUGAUGAGGCAAACAAUCAAACGUCUUGUGAGGUCUUUCAAAGCUGUCGAUCGUCCUUUAAAAAUGAGUGCUCGUCAGAGUAAGAGUUCAACAGCUCCGGCGACGUCCAUGGAAGAUAAUCACAGCCGGAAUUUGAUGCUUGUACACGCUGUUUAG